GUCUUUGUGCCAUAUAUGUAAUUUUUAUCAGUAAAUCGCCGUUAUUUUAUCAUGAUGAUAAGAGUUUUAUUCUUGUUUCUUUGGUUGUCCGAUGCGCGAGCUCAGGGAAGCGAAGGACAAAAGGCACAUUUUCAAGUUGAGGACAAAUCAGGGGAUUUGAAAAUCCUGGCAACCAAAGACCAAGCGAAGGUAACAGCACAAGCGGACUCAGUUCAAGUUGUAGUCAAGCCUGGUACGGCCGAAUAUCCUGUCCUUAAAUCGGACAAACCCGUAGUGCAUGUGACUCAGGCUGGCUGGAACUCAAUAAGCUUUCGUAAAUCUGAGAUUUCCAGGAGGAAGAUGCCUGUAGGUCCGCGAGGAAAGAAGAAAUACCAUGUAAAUGAUUCGACGAAACGAAGAGUCCACUUAAACACCGCAGAGACAAAGCAAGGAAGGGUAACACCAAAAAAAGGUCUAUCCUUUUUGAGUACCAAACGAAAACAUAAAAGUAAUUCUUUACAAAGCGUUUCAGGAAGUAAAAAGUCAGAUGUGAAAUACGGAGGAUUUCAAGUCCUCGGGAACGCGGGAAAACUGAAAAUGCACGUAACAAAGGACGAAACUACUCUAAGCAGCGAGUCAGGGGGAGUUGAUAUAUCACUGAACAAGCAAUCAUCGUCGUCCUCUAAAUCUUCCAAGGCUUCUGAUCAACGCGCAUUGGAUGUUAACCGGCCUCAGAAGUUUACCGAAGAAUCGGCAGACAAAACAGUUCACAUUGCUACCGAGUUAGAAAAUGCCUUUUCAGAUAUUGGUUUGAGGAAAUCCGAGGUCACCAGGCUCCAUGAUAACAAAAUAAAUCGACCGACUCGCUGAUGCAGUCGAGGUUUGGUGUCAGAGACGUGAGCCGGACGUUUUCAUCUGAGGAUUGUACACUAGCAUACUAGUAUGGUUAUUAUGACAAAUAUUUCUUAUUUAACGUUUUGGUGUAUAGUAUUUUUACGAAUUGUGCCAUAUUUUGACGAGCCCGUAAGGCGAGUCAAAAUAGAUACAAGGAAUAAGAAUUCUCAGCAAUAGUACAUACCAAAACGAAUGAUAACUUAUUUGUCAUCAAACUGCUUUAUUUUAUAUACAUUUCGUAUAAGGUGGAAAAAGCAAAGCAGAUAGAGAAGCGUAGGACGCGCA